CUCCAGAGAACGAAUCCCAAGUUGCCAUUGCCAUUGCGAGCCAUGGCCGAGGAGGUGCCUCUGCUGCUGCGGAGCCCCACGGGACUUUGUACUUAUCGGGUGAGGCUCAGCAACACAGUCGAGAGUCUGCAGCAAGAGAUCUCAAGGCGCCACGGCGAGUCGGUGUCGUUGGCCUUAUGGGGCCGGCCUUUGGCCUUGGAUCGAUCCUUGAGCUCCUAUGGCAUCCGGGCCAUGUCUGAGCUGCAGCUGUGUGCUGGUGGUCUUUAUGGUGGCGGUGCGUGCUGGUCAGAGCCGCAGUACAUUGAGUCAGACGGCGAAGGCUCUUCAUCCUCAACCUCCCGGAGCUCCAGCUCCGGCAGCUCCUCCUCGGGCGAGGAUGCAGCAUCCCCUACCGCGGAGGCGGAGGCACGCAGUGUCGGUGUGUCUUCGGUGGUGAACUCCACCGAGCUGUCCGCGCUGGCCGCGCUGCAUCCGCAGCUCCGUGCAGCGACCGGUUUGACACAGCAGCUCCUUCAGGAGGAGCUUGGGGAUGACGAUGUGGAAGAGCUCAGGGUUGUGAUGAGGUUAUUCGCGGCGCAUGGCCGUUUGAGACCGCUUCCGCUCGGAGUAGGGCCUCCAGGUGGUGCCCCAACCUCAGUUGUGUUCGCCCCAGCGGAAGCUGCCCAUGCCCAUGCAGCACAAGGACUGGCAACUGUUCAAUCCUUUGCUUUUUCCAUCGAUUCGUCGCCAGUGGCGGCCGCCUUUGAUUACCUCCUCAGCACCAUUUCGGCCGCCAGUUUGCGCCGACCCGAGGAGCAGUUCACCGUUUCCAUGCGCCAGAUCCCUCCAGGCAUCUACGUGGAUCCUUGGGCGAAUCGAUUCUCCCCAGUCGCCUCGGUGCCCUUUCGGAUCCACUUCACUGGAGCCCGCACCUUCGAUGUGGAUGCCAUGAGCUAUGAAGAACUCUUGCAGUUAGCUGAAGAGUUGGGGAGCGUGCCACACCCACGUGCGACGCCCGAGAUGCUGGGACGUCUACCCUUGUAUCGAUACAACGGUGCUGAGAAGGACACCCGGUGCGUGAUUUGUCAAGAGGCCUAUGAGAUUGGCGAGGAGGUUCGAAAACUGCCAUGCUCCCAUACCUAUCACAGGGCGUGCAUCGAUCGGUGGCUCACCACAGGGACUGCCAUCUCCCUGCAAUGCCCGAUCUGCAAAGCUCCAGCGAUUACAUGAGAGAAGACAGUUUUUCUGUGACAAGGAUCCAUGAGGUUCGGAAGGGAUUUUGAGGAGCAGGAUGAC